CGCGUACAUCGGGCGACGCGUAUGCUCGCCGCGUAAUACCGCCCUUAAGCACGCGACUAGUAUUAUAAUACAAAUACACCUUUUUAAAAUAAACACCUAAAAGUUCUAAUUAAAAUUUGAUUAUGAAAUAUAUUUAUUAAAGUGGCCUGUCUUCGGUAUCGUUUAUAGUAGGCGUUAUAUUGGCAAUCUCCGUUAAAAUAGAAAUCAUGCAAGACAACAUAAAAUUGGACGUGACCUCACCAUGGUGUUCAAAAAUCGAGGAGUGACGUGACAGGAACAGUUCGGUGUUAAACAAGCGAUAUUUUGGGACACCAUAAAUCUAAUCCCAUUCAAGAAAUAAUCCAUUAAGCUGUCGUUACUCAAUAAAAUGACAGACAAGUGUAUCUUUAUAUGUAAUAAAAUUUUACAGUGAAGUCGUAAAAUGGGGAAGAAAGUAUAUUUUCUUAGUAAAAAGCUGUUUAGGAUAUUAGUAAUAGUUCAAGUAGCAAUGUUGUCUUCAGCAACAAAUUCAACAACGACGACGACCACCACUACUACAGAAUUACCGCAGGAAAUGAAGCGGGAAGUAGACAAUGAGGUGGAAGUGGAAGGCGAGGGGUACGCUUGGAGUGCAUGGAGCAGCUGGAGUGCGUGCUCCAGGAGUUGCGGAGGAGGUGUAUCUGUACAGCAUAGACAGUGCUUACCCAGGGUCAGGAACAUUCCUCCGCUGGACAACAGCAGUAUACCUCCACCGGUGAUCACAGUGAGGGUGACGAGGGAGACACAUGAGCCCAACUGCCAAGGAGUCGACAAACGAUAUCAUGAGUGCAAUGAUAUUCCGUGUCCUGGUGCUACGAGGGGCAAUCGCGCUGCGCAGUGUGCUGCAUUCGACAGGAGACCAUUCCGUGGCAGGUUCUAUACCUGGGUCCCUUAUAUUGAUGGUAAUGCACCAUGUACGCUGAACUGCAGACCUUUGGGUCAGCACUUCUAUGCAUCGUUAUCAUUAGUAGCUGAUGGGACUCCGUGCACCAGACAAGGAUUCCGAGCCAUUUGUGUCCAAGGAACUUGUAAGGCGGUGGGUCGCGAAGGUGUCCUAUCUUCGGCUUCAUCUCGCGAGUUACGCUGUGGUCGGCGACUGGUGUCAGGCCUCUUUUCCCGACCACGUCUACCUCUGGGAUAUUCUUAUGUGACUACUGUUCCUCGUGGGGCCUGCAGGCUCAAUGUCUCGGAGAUCAUGCCCAGCGAGAAUUAUAUAGCUUUGAAGAUAUCCAAUGGGUCGUACAUUAUGAAUGGUGAGUUCGCGGUGUCGGCGGCGGGCACGUACGAGGCUGCGGGCGCGCGCUUCGUGUACACGCGGCAGGGCUCGCUCGACAGCGUCGUCGCACAUGGACCUAUACACCACCCUAUCGACAUCAUGAUACUUUAUACUCAACCGAAUCCAAGUAUAAAGUAUGAGUAUUUCACGGAAUCACUUCCUGGUGAGAUUGAAAGUGAUAGUGUGACGAAGGCUGACUUCCCUGAAGUGUCGUCUACGGCUGUGACGAAGCACUACAGACGGCAUCACAGUUACGACGCGUUCCCGAGGACAAACGCUGCUGUACCACGACAUCCAGACCUUAGUUUUAGUAAUGAAGAUGAUGCUGAUCAGGUGGUGGUUGGUAAUAUGAAGUUUAUGUGGAAGAUAUUGUCUUAUUCCCAAUGCACGAGAACUUGUGGAGGUGGAAUACAGUUGGGUAAGUUCCGAUGCGUGGAAGCUAACGGCAGUAACCGCGAGGUGGCAGCACUGCACUGUGCCGGUGUAGCUCCUCCUGCCCGACGUCGGAGGUGUGCUAACAUUCCUUGUCCACCUCGCUGGAGAGCUGCUGCCUGGAGUAGUUGUCCCAAAUGUGGACCAGCAACCAGGACCAGGAUUGUUGGAUGUGUACAGGACCAUGCCAGGGGUAUUACUAAGAUAAGCGACCAAAAAUGUCCGCUACCAAAACCAACGACAUCAGAAAAGUGUAUUAUCCCAGAAUGUGACAAAGUUAUUGGUGGAGAAGUGAGACAGAUCUUGUCGAAACGUGUGACGAAACCAAAGGACCAUACAGAUAACUUUAGAGAAGGUCCAGUCUAUUCAGUAGCUGUUAACAGCACGGAUUUUGAUGUUGGGCCCGAAUACUCAUUUAGUCCUGCGGCUGGAUGGCUCUAUACUGACUGGUCAGAGUGUGUGGGUUGGUGUGUCGGUGGUGGAGUACAAAGCAGGGGAGUACGAUGCGCUGAUCCAUCAGGAUGCUCCCCUAAGAAGGCUCCGGAGUCUUCUCGCACUUGUAAUCCGAAGAUUGAAUGUGAACCUCUUGAUGGACAGUGGUUUACUGGUGAAUGGUCUCCCUGUUCAGCUCCUUGUCGAGGUAAACAAGUUCGUGGAGUUCUAUGCAUCGGUGGUACUGGAAGACAUUUGAAGGACACAGCAUGUCACCUGGCAAAACCUUCUCAUGAACGAGAGUGCUCCACUGAUUGUAGACCAACCUGGUUCUAUGGUGAUUGGGGACCGUGUAUUGGCAACUGUUCGAGUGGACCUAGUUCAGGGAUACAGCACCGUUCUGUGGUAUGCACGAAAGCUGACAAUGUUCCUGUCAGUGAGACUGAGUGCGUUUCACCACGUCGAGCAACCCGUACAUGUGACCUUACCUGCCCAUCUACUACAUCAAUAUCAUCUACUUCAUCUGCUUCGUCUACUACGUCUACUACGUCAACUUCGUCUACUGCUCGUACAGUCUCAGUUGUUACGCCUCACAGAAAACCAUUACAACCAAUUGAACCUUACAUAGUUUCAGACCACGAACCUACUCAAAGGAAUGUUACUCAGAGAACCGCGUCUAAGGAUCGCGGGUCAAAAGGUAACUGCGCAGACAAAUUGAACAACUGCAUCCUAGCUGUGCAAGCGCGUCUAUGCCAUUACAAGUAUUAUACACACAAUUGUUGCAAAUCUUGCGGUGGUCGGUGAAAAUCCAAUCAAAACGACACUGUCAAAAGAUAAAAGCGCACUAUAGUUAGAAACCUAAUCAUUUAAUCUUCAAAGGAAUCGUAUAGAAGAUCUAUAAUAGAUCUAUAAUACUGUUGUCAAAUGAACGAGUCUGGUUGAGUGAAGGACUCGGCGCAAAAGGACGAUGUAUUGGAGGACCAAUUUUGGUACAGAAGGACCAACUUUGGUACCGAAGGACUAACGUAGAGUGAAUAUAUAAACUGAAAGGCAUUGGAAUAGAGUAUUUUAAAAAACGACAGAAUUGUUAAGAAAUCUGUUUUAUCAGACUUAUAUGUAUGCUAUAGUGCGCGAUUAUCUUUUACUUAAGUAAAUUUUAUGUUAUGUAUUACGAUAUGUAUGGACACUGUAUGUGUCAAGCGAUAUAUCUCGAAUGUGUAUUUUGCGAUAUAAACAAGUCGUAGAACUGUUUGCAACAUCAAACUUUCUUGGAAAAUUGUGAGUAAGUAGAUAAUGAAACAUCAUUUGAGUAUUUUUAAUUACACAACAUCUGAUAUUCCGGAUAUGUUUCACUUGAUCAUCAUUUCAAAUUACAGUCGAUUAAAUUGAUAAUAAUGAAUUUAUCGUUAUCUUAAUUCGGAAUGAAGACGAUAAGUAUAUUUUCUUUGUUUAGCAUCUUAGACAGGUGUUCCCUAAAACAUAAAUUAUUUAGUUUCAGCUAUUAGCUACAGCAUAAUUUUUGUGAAUAUGAGAAUCUAGUUCACAUCAUGUAUGUAAACGAUUGACAAAUAAUAAAACAAUAUAGAUUAUUACAAUGUCAGUUAUCAGCCAAAAAUAGGAUCAGACAGCCCUAUUGAUGCUCUCUGGCUUAUUUACCAUUAUAAAUUUAAAUUUAAUUAAGAAUAAAUUAAAAUUACAUUAAAAGUAAUAUUUA